AUGGGUAUAUUACUUGACGUAGGAGUAUUAAAAGAAUUAAUAAAACGACCAAUACAAGUUUUAAUAGGAUUCGUUUGUCAAUAUGGUAUGAUGCCAAUUCUAGCUUAUACUAUAUCAAAACUUUUUCGAUAUGAUCCAUUAUAUGGUCUUGGUUUGUUUGUUGUUGGAUGUUGUCCAGGUGGAUCAGCCUCAAAUCAAUGGACAGUUAUAUUCGAUGGUGAUCUUAAUCUAUCUGUAUUUAUGUCAUUUGCAUCAACAGUAGCAUCAUUUUUUAUGAUGCCAUUUUGGUUAUAUACACUUGGGCAAUAUGCUUAUUUAGAGGAACUUAAAAUUCGUAUACCAUUUUUGAAUUUAGCACAAUCAUUAUUAACAAUUAUUGCACCAGUUGGAAUAGGAAUGCUUCUAGUUCAUUGUAUUCCAAAAUUAAAAUCAAUUAUUCAACGUAUUGUGAAACCAACAUUAAUAUUAAUUAUAUUUUAUUUCUUUGUAUUUGGUGCUUUUGCAAAUUAUUAUCUAUUGCGAUAUAUUGAUUUACGUACAGCAUUAACAGCACCUUUAUUACCAUGGUUAGGUUUUGGAUUAGGUGGUUUCUUAGCUUGGGUUUUUAAACAAGACGAGAAACGAAUUAUAACCAUUGGAAUUGAAACAGGUAUUCAAAAUGUUGGUAUUGCAUUUAUGAUAUUACUUUAUUCACUUCCAGCACCAGACAAUAGUCAAGCAACUGUAAUGCCACUUGUUGUUGCUUAUUUAUCAAAUCAACCAUUGUAUAUUCUUCUUAUAUAUCAAAUCAUACGUCGAAAAUGUUGUAAAUCAGAAAAAUCAGUUGAUACAUUAAGUAAAACAACUCCUGAAUUGAGUGAAGUCAAAUCCGAAGUACUAGAUAAUGAAAUUUCAAUACCAUUAACAGCUGCAGGUUUAAGUGCUGGUUCUGAGCCAAUUAAAAUCGUAUAA